CUAUGGGAAAACCACAGCCGCUGGCCUGUGGGAGGUGCCUGGAGAGCAGGCGUGGGCCCUGCCUCACACGCCCCCUUUCUCUGGGUCACCUGGGAGUGCCAGCUGCAAACUUGGAAGUCUGAUGAGCUCCAGGAAAAAUCUUUGGGGAGGGCUUGCUCUGAGCACAGUCCUUCCCUCCCCCAGAGCUGCUGGAGACAUGGAGCCAGCCCUGCCCUAGCCUGUGCUCAUUGGCUGGCACGAGGCAGAGGGGGCUUUAAAAAGGGGACAAAGUCUGGGCUGGGGAGCCGAGCUUGUGCUACUGGAAGGCAGUGCCCUCCUCUGGUUGGCACCAUGCAGCUCUCCCUAGCCCUGCGUCUCCUCUGCCUGCUGAUGCACUCUGCCUUCCACGUGGUGGAGGGCCAGGGCUGGCAGGCUUUCAAGAAUGAUGCCACAGAAAUUAUCCCUGGGCUGGGGGAGUACCCUGAGCCCCCACCGGAGCUGGAUAACAACAAGACCAUGAACCGGGCCGAGAACGGAGGGAGGCCUCCCCACCACCCCUUUGAGACCAAAGAUCUGUCCGAGUACAGCUGCCGGGAACUGCACUUCACCCACCACGUGACAGAUGGGCUGUGCCGCAGUGCCAAGCCGGUCACCGAGCUGGUGUGCUCGGGCCAGUGCGGCCCGGCGCGCCUGCUGCCCAACGCCAUCGGCCGCGUCAAGUGGUGGCGCUCGGGCGGACCCGAUUUCCGCUGCAUCCCCGACCGCUACCGCGCGCAGCGCGUGCAGCUGCUGUGUCCCGGCGGCGCGGCGCCCCGUGCUCACAAGGUGCGCCUCGUGGCCUCGUGCAAGUGCAAGCGCCUCACUCGCUUCCACAACCAGUCGGAGCUCAAGGACUUCGGUCCCGAAGCUGCUCGGCCACAGAAGGGCCGAAAGCCGCGGCCCCGAGCCCGGGGCACCAAAGCCAAUCAAGCCGAGCUGGAGAACGCCUAUUAGAGCCUGCGCCGCUGGAGCGCCGGCCCGGGA